AUGCAGUCACCAACGAAAACGGAGUUUACUGGUAUCAUUAGACCUGCUUAUGGAGCAAAAACCGUAUUAAAAGAAAAAUUUGUAGAAAUUUAUGAGAGUUUUUUUAAGGGUAAUGAUCCAUCCGCGGGUCAGCCAAAUUUUUGGAGCGAAUUAUUUUUGCUUAAAGUUAAUGUAGUGUAUUUAUUAAAAUGUCUUUCCGAUAUUUCUCAGGACCAAUUGUUGGCUAUCAAAAAUAAUAUUAGCAAAUUAUUUUUAAAAUCAAUUGAAACCAUGAAAGAAGAAAACGUUCAGAGAAAAAUAAAUGCUAUUGACACACUUUGUGCGUUGCUUCAAGGAAUAUUCUCCAAGAAAUUUAAUAAUUUCAGUUUUGAAGUUAUUAAUCUCUUGACCGGGUUAAAUAAUGCCGAUACCGUUUUCCCAAAAUUUGUUGAUGCAAUCAAGUGUUUAAUGAAUGAUGGAGAGACAGCGCAAGUCAAGUAUGAUGCAUUAAGAUUGACCAUUGUGGUUGUAUGCGGAAAUAGUAAUAUCAAUCAGAAUAGCUUAAAUGGGUAUUUCAUGAAAGACGAUAUUUUCGAUCCCUUAAUUAAUAUAAUGCUUGCGCCGGAAACAUCACACGUAGCUUAUGAAGCCAUUAUGCUAUUGGACAUCCUGGCAAAUUAUAAUAAGCACGAAUCGAAGAACCCUUAUUUGAUAAAAUUAAUCAAUCUUAAAAAUGAGGCCGUGUUUGAGAAAAUUAUGAAUGUAUUGGCAACAACUUGUGUCAAUUGUCGAAGCAAGUAUAUUGAUAUACAGGAUGAUGAUGAGGCUAACAAAUAUUUUGUUUCAUCCCUUGCAUCAUAUGUUGGAUCCAUUUUAUCCUGGACUGGCAAUGGAACAAAGAAACAUUCAAAUGUUUCGGAUCCGGAAUUGGCAUUUGUUAGAUUGCCAUCUGCGAAUGUUUCAAUUAUUUUGGUAUUUUAUGAUUUGUUGAAUAAUAACAAACGAUUUGUUGAUCAUCUAGCAAAAUCCAUUGUAAAAUUUCCAAUUUCCGCAGAGUCCAAAGUCAACGGGCGUGAUUCCACGACCAUUGCCACUGAAAAUGGCAAAGAAUCUAUAGAAAUGGUUCGAGAUGGUCCAUAUUUUUGUGAAUUUCUUUCAAUUUCGUCAUAUAUCUUACAACACAAUCGUACUAACCGUACGGCAAGUUAUGCGAAUGUAAUAUUAUUGAUACUGGUAAUAUUAGUUGAGGAUUCGACAUUUAAUAAGGUUAUAUGUGAAGAUGAACGGCGUUUUAUUGUUAGACUUUGCAGACAAAGGCCACCUUUGUUGCAAAAUGCAAAAUUUCCACGUCCUUUAGUUGGCAUUAUAUUGGAUGUCGUUAUUGGGUUCAUAAAUCAUAAUUUGAGAAGAAAAUUACAGACUGAUUUAUAUAGUAUGUCCUUAGGCGUCAUUCAUCGAAUAAUGUCAUAUCUCAAAAAGAAUUGCGUCAGAUUGCCGUAUCAUUGGUCAGAAAUAUGGCAAUCACUUAUUGGCUUAUUGAAAUUCAUACUUUCAAACAUUGAAUACUUUCAACAGGAUCGAGAUUCAGUAAAUGAAGUUUUACUUUCUGCGAUAAAUAUUAUUAAUCUAAGUGUUACCUUUGGUGAUUCUUUCUUCCCAGAUCCCAUUAGCUACGAUAAUUUAUUUUACGAAAUAAUAAGAGCAAAAGAAACGUUUGAUGGUCUAAGUAGUAUAGUUAAUAAGACGAAUUUCACUAAGCUUGGAAGUCCAACUAAAUCUGCAUUUCAAAAACCUAUGUCAUCAUCACAAUUUGAUGUUUUAUCAAAUAUAAAUACCAUUUGUACACAUUUCAGUUUAAAAAUUGAAGGAUGGAAAUUAACUAAUAGAGUGAAAUCAAUAACUCCUGAACAGGUUGCAAUCAUAAAUGCGAAUUAUGACACUUUGGAGCUUGUUACGCCGGAGAAGCUUGAUCAUUACACUCCUUAUAAUGAAAUACCGUAUCACGUUCCUUUAUUGAGACAAGUUUUAAGAGUGAUCGUUGAGGAUUUCAAAAGAAGGGAAGUUUUGUUAGAUUAA